AGUACCCGUACAUUUGUGUUCCGGGGUCGGUCAGUGUACACAGUGUAAGAAAAAUCAUCAUUGUGUCAUUUUUUUUCUACACUUUUUUCAUAUUUGUAUCACGGACUACGAGGCGAGGGGUCAGACUUUUCUUGUGAAGAGAGAGACGCUUUGAUCGGGCACCGAGUGGACGUGUGUGAAGAUGAACUUCUUCAGAGGAGUGAUGGGAGGGCAGGCAGCCGGGCCGCAGCCCUCCGGAGCGGAGACGAUCCAGAAGUUAUGUGACCGAGUUGCCUCCUCGACACUCCUAGAAGAUCGCAGAGAUGCUGUCCGGGCUCUGAAGUCCCUCUCUAAGAAAUAUCGCAUGGAAGUUGGCACACAGGCGAUGGAUCACUUGAUUAACAUACUGCAAACUGACAGAUCUGAUUCUGAAAUUCUCGGCUAUGCUUUGGACACCCUCUACAACAUCAUCUGCAACGACGAGGAAGAAGAACAAGAUGAAUCAGAAGACGCAGUAACCCCUCUCCCUGUCUCAGGGAAGCGUAAGAAUGUGUCCAUGCCUGAUGAGAAUGCCCAGAAGCAAGCAGAUGACCUGGGAGCCCAGUUUACAGACAAGUUCAUCCAAGACCCUGAGCAUAUCACCCUGCUUCUCACGCUGCUGGAGGAGUUUGACUUCCAUGUACGUUGGCCUGGGGUGAAGUUGUUGACUGCUCUCCUGAAGAACCAGGGCGUCCAGGUCCAGGGCAUCAUUCUAGUCAGCCCCAUGGGUGUUUCUAGAUUGAUGGAUCUGCUGGCAGACUCUAGAGAAGUAAUUCGCAAUGACGGCUUACUGUUGCUUCAACAGCUGACUAAAGGCAACGCAGCCAUUCAGAAAAUUGUGGCAUUUGAGAACGCAUUUGAGCGUCUCCUAGAUAUCAUCACAGAAGAGGGCAGCAGUGAUGGAGGUAUUGUGGUGGAGGACUGUUUGCUGUUGCUCCUUAACCUGCUAAAGAACAACAGCUCCAACCAGAACUUCUUCAAGGAGGGCUCCUACAUCCAGAGAAUGAAGCCCUGGUUCGAGGUUGGUGAUGAUAACGCUGGAUGGUCGGCCCAGAAGGUCACCAAUCUCCACCUCAUGCUGCAGCUAGUGCGAGUCAUGGUGUCUCCGGUGAACUCUCCUGGAGCUACAGCCAGCUGUCAGAAGUCCAUGUACCAGUGUGACCUGUUGCAGCAGCUGUGUACCAUCCUCAUGGCCACUGGUGUCCCUGCUGACAUCCUCACUGAGACAAUCAACACAGUUUCAGAAGUUAUCAGGGGCUCACAGGUCAACCAGGACUACUUUGCUUCUGUCAACGCUCCUUCAAACCCACCCAGACCAGCCAUCGUAGUGCUGCUCAUGUCCAUGGUGAAUGAGAGACAACCAUUUGUGCUUCGCUGUGCAGUCCUUUACUGUUUCCAGUGUUUCCUCUAUAAAAACCAGAAAGGCCAGGGGGAGAUAGUUGCUACGCUGCUGCCCUCCACCAUCGAUGCUAACUCCAUCUCAGCAGGACAGCUGCUGUGUGGAGGCCUGUUCUCAGCUGACUCUCUCUCCAACUGGUGCGCUGCCGUGGCCUUGGCUCACGCCUUGCAGGACAACCUCACCCAGAAGGAGCAGCUGCUGAGGGUCCAGCUUGCCACCAGCCUCGGCAAGCCCCCGGUCUCUCUGCUGCAGCAGUGCACCAACAUCCUGUCACAGGGUGAUAAGAUCGUCCGGCGGGGAAGCAAAGUGCAGACCAGGGUGGGCCUCCUCAUGUUGCUGUGUACAUGGAUCAGCAACUGUCCGAUUGCAGUUACACACUUUCUACACAAUCAGGAAAAUGUUCCCUUUCUGACGGCUCAGAUCUCAGAGAACCUUGGGGAGGAUGAACGGCUGGUGCAGGGCCUGUGUGCGCUGCUUCUCGGCAUCUGCAUCUAUUAUAACGACAACUCGCUGGAAAACUACACCAAAGAGAAGCUAAAGCAGCUGAUCGAGAAACGUAUCGGCAAAGAGAACUUUGUAGAAAAGCUCGGCUUCAUCACCAAACAUGAACUGUAUUCGCGGGCGGCCCAGAAGCCGCAGCCUGUGUUCCCGUCUCCAGAGCAGAUGCUGUUUGACCACGAGUUCACCAAGCUGGUGAAAGAGCUAGAGGGUGUGAUAACCAAAGCAGUUCACAAAUCCACUGAGGAGGAGAAGAAGGAAGAGGAGGUGAAGAAGACAUUAGAGCAACACGACAACAUUGUAACCCAGUACAAGGAGCUCAUCAGAGAACAGGAUGCUCAGAUACAGGAGCUGAAAGAGCAGGUAGCAUCGAUGACCUCUCAGAACGAACAGAUGCAGACUACGGUCACCCAGCAGCUGUCGCAGAUCCAGCAACACAAAGACCAGUACAACAUCCUCAAGCUCAAAUUAGGUAAGGAGAACCAGAGUCAGUCUAGCAGUCAGGGAGAUGGCUCUCAGAUGAACGGACUGCAGACAGAAGAGCUUUCCCAGCUCAGAGAGGAGGUGGAGGAACUCCGCAAACAACACUCGCUUCUUCAGACACAGCUUGGUGACAAAGACGCGCUCAUUAACACUCUGAAGUCAGGGGCUUCACAGACAGCAGACGGUCCAGCAGGAGGAUCGGACAACACAGAGCUACUCCAGGAGCUGGAGGCUUUAAGGAAUCAGGUUCAGUCCCAGUCGACAGAAAUCACCCAGCUGAAAACAGAGAGACAAGACCUGCUCAGAAAAGCUGAAGCUGGGUCGUCCGACACAGCAGUUCCCACCAGUGACGGCUCAUUAGACGGCGCCAAGAUGGCAGAACUAGAAGGCAGACUCACAGCACAGAUGUCUGAGACUCAGAGAUUGGAGGAGGAGGUAAAGAGGCUGUCGGAGAGCCGGGCGGAGCUGGAGCAGCAGCUAGCUUCAUCCACGAGCACGGUGGCCAUCCUGCAGACGGAGAAGACAAAGCUGCAGACGGAGGUCCAAGAGUCCAAGAAGGAGCAGGACGACCUGCUGAUGCUGUUGGCAGACCAGGACCAGAAGAUCCACAACCUCAAGCAGAGACUCAAAGACCUGGGAGAGACGGUGGAAGAUGAAGACGACCUCGAUGCCAGGGACCAGACGGACGACGAUGACGAGGAGGAUGAAGAUGAGGACUAGAAGGAAAAACGCUGAAAGGAGAAAAAGGAGAAAUGGGAAUUUGUCUGCCAGCAGGCAAGAAAAGACUUUGCAGAAACCCACCCGAGAAACUGAAGAAUAGGACUAAUAUAUCGAAGCUGUUUCUCCUCCCAGCUGCCCUGCCGUCUUCAUUCUUCUUUUCCACAGUCACAUCACAUGCACACGUUGGUUAUUUUGGACAUUGUUUGUUUAAGAUAAAGUUCUUCUAUUCAGCAAUUCAGUUUUCAGUGACAGUUAAAAGAUUUGAACUGGACAUUGCAUUCAUCUGUGCUACGUUUACCGGCAGUUUGUGAUGAAUUUUUACCAGUCGUGUGUUUAUUGUAAUGUUUUGUCAUAUAGUUCCUAAUCACACACAUGACAAAUGCUCGGUUAAUUUUAACACAAAUGUAGCAACAUGCAAGUAAGAAAAGAUUUGUUAGGAUUCUCAUUUUUUAUCAUAAAUGUAUUGGUGAGCCCUUCAGGCCGCCUUUUUUCCCAUCCUGCACCGCUGCCGUCACCACGACAACACAGCUGCAGCGUCUCCUGCGACAUGUCACUGUGCUUUGCCCAGAAUUUGUCUUUUGUCUUCGCUCCCCCGAUCAGUUGGAGUUCAGCGUCACAGUAUUUAACACUCAGAGUUGUUCCAUUUCACGACUGCUCUACAAUAUGCUGCAACACACUGACAGAAAAGAUGUAAAGACAAAAAAAGACAAAUAUUUUUGCAACCUUUUUGUCCAAUACUGGCAUCCAGCUUGUGUAUGAUAUUGUGUAACUUAUCAAUUUAAGAGCCACAUUGAAAUGAAAAAAAUUAUCUAUCUGUAUGCCUGUAUGGAAGAAUAAUUGUAGAUAAAUAAAAUUUUACUAAAUCCA